CGAGGAAGUCACUGCCAAGCAACUCGAACGGCUCCUCAACGAGAAGGACUUUGUUGCCGUGUAUUGGUAUGCCCGAAGUUGCACCACAUGCGAUAAAGUCCUGGCCGAACUGGAGAAAAUCGACGACGAUACAGACCACUUUGGAGUCGACUUUGUCAAAAUCAACGAUAAACGACUGGCGAAGCAAUAUGGUAUCAAAAACUUUCCGGCUCUUACAUAUUUCCGCGAAAAAGAACCAAUCAUAUACGAUGGUGACUUGAUGGACGAAGAGAAUGUACUGGAUUUUCUUACCAGUUUGGAAGCUAUGGAUCUACCAGAUCGUAUCGAAGAAGUUAACGCAAAAAUUCUGUCGAAGAUUGUUGAGGAAACGGAUUUCGUGGCAGUUCUCUUCUGUCCAAAUACGGAGCGGUGUGCAGGCAUCGGUUCUAACAAACCAGACUGCAAAAAGUGUCUCAAGGCCCUACAAGAAUUGGAGAACAUCGAUGACGAAGCCGAUCAAUUGGGCAUUGGUUUCGUAAAGAUUGCGGACGAGGAGCUGGCAGAUGAGUAUAAUCUCGGUCCUCUCCCAGUUCUUGUGUAUUACAGGCAUCAAAUUCCAAUUAUUUACGAACAUGAGUUGAGUAGAGAAGAAGACGUGCUGGAAUGGCUGGUAGCGAACAAGAGCACGGGAGAUGAAGAGGAUGUUAUCGAAGAUGUUACCGCCAAAACGUUGAACACACUAAUUGGAAACAUUGACAAUUUAGUCGUUCUGUUCUAUGAUCACGGUGAUGAAGACUCUAUGCAGGUUCUAAAUGAGCUAGAAAAAAUCGACGACGAUUGUGAUAAGCACGGUAUUCAGUUCGUGAAGAUCGACGACGAAAAGGCGGCGGAAGAAUUCGGAAUCGACGAUUUACCGGCGAUCGUCUAUUUCGAGAAGCAGAUCCCGAAUGUUUACGACGGAGAUGUAGAAGAUGAGGACGAAAUUUUGGAGUGGCUGUUGUCGCAACUCGAAAAGGACGAGAUAGAAGACGUCACCGAUGAGAUGCUGGAUCGUCUCAUUAAAGAUGGGAAGACCAUAGCUGUAUUGUUUUACGACAAUAACGAUCGGAAGUCUCAAAGAGUUCUCAAUGAAUUGGAGAACAUUGACGAUGAAUGCGAUCAGCUCGGCGUGACGUUUGUGAAGAUCGAUAAUGCGGAGGAGGCUAAGGAAUAUGGCAUUCAAAAAGUACCUACGAUGCUCUACUUUGAGAAGGGCAUUCCGAUGGUAUAUGAAGGCAAUCUCGAAGAUGAGGAGAAAGUGCUCAAAUGGUUGGAGCAGCAGCAAAAAGCUGACCAGAUCGAGGACGUCACCGACGAAAUGCUUGACAUGGUUAUAGACAAGAUGCCGCACGUAGCCGUUCUCUUUUAUGAUAAAGAUCAGAAGAAAAGUCAAAAGGUAUUAAGUGAAUUGGAGAACAUCGACGACGACUGUGAUCAGCACAACAUAGCCUUCGUGAAAAUCAGCGACUUGGAUGAGGCAAAGGAAUAUGGCAUAGACACGCUUCCCACUUUGGUGCUCUUUGAACGAAAGAUACCACACAUUUACGAUGGCGAUCUUAUGAACGAAGAUCAGAUACUGGGCUGGCUGUUGCAUCAGAAAAAACAUGCCGAGAUCCCGGAAGUAACGGACGAAAUGGUCGAAAAGCUCGUAGAGACUUCGCCGUACAUAGCAGUCCUGUUUUACGACAAGGACGAUAAGCAGGACAUGCGGAUUCUGAACGAGUUGGAGAACAUAGACGACGACCUGGAAAAGGAGGGGAUCAUCAUUGUUCGCAUAGACAACGAUGCCGAGGCCAAGGAAUACGGUAUCGAUCAUCUCCCAACCCUAGUGUAUUUCGAAGACAAAAUUCCGGCAAUAUACGAGGGCGAUCUACUGAACGAAGACGAAGUCCUCGAAUGGCUGAUAGAACAGAAGAACAGUGCUACCAUUGAGGAGGUCACGGACGAGAUACUGACGGAUCUCAUAGAGGACCACGAAUACGUUGUGGUAUAUUUCAGUGGAAGUUGCGACGAAGGAGAAAAAUGCGACAAUAUUCUCGAAGAUUUAGAAAAUAUUGACGACGAGCUGGAUGAAACGGGCAUAAUAUUCGUUACUACCGAAGACACCAUCACAGCAAAGAAGUAUGGCAUCAGGCAUUUCCCGACUCUCGCGUUCUUUCGAAACAAGGAUCCGUUGAUUUAUACUGGCGAUCUCGAUGACGAGGAUGAAGUAUUGUCUUGGAUCACCGAUGAGGACACUUUGGAGAUACCAGGAAAAAUUGAAGAAGUCAAUACUAGAAUGCUGGAGAACAUUCUCGAUGAGAACGAUUAUGUCGUCGUCUUUUUCUAUAAAGAAGGCGAUAAGAAGAGUCAAAAGAUCCUGCAAGAGCUUGAAAACAUUGACGACGAGUGCGAAGAGAAGGAGAUCGACUUUGUAAAGAUUUCCGACGAGGGAAUCGAAAAGGAAUAUGAUCUUCCGGGAUUACCGGCAUUGGCAUUCUAUAGACACAAAUUCCGACAGAUCUAUUCCGGUGACAUGAUGCAUGAGGAAGAAAUUUUAGAAUGGGUCCUCGAGCUUCGCACAACAACGCCGGAUGUUAUUGAAAGCGUCGAUAGAAAAACAUCAUAUAUAAUAGAAAAAUUAUAAUUUUUAAUAGACGAUGACAAGUGUGAAACCUGCGCGGAUAUUCUCGAGGAAUUAGAAACGAUUGACGAUGAUACUGACAAACACGGUAUUCAAUUCGUCAAAUCAAACGAUGCUAAACUGGCGGCUGAAAUCGGCGUUUUCUCCUUCCCGGCUCUCGUUUAUUACGAGACCGGAGUCCCCAUCAUGUACGACGGUAAUCUUCUCGACGAGACUGAAGUACUCGAAUGGAUGGUGAAACAAAAAACUGAUGAGAGCAUUGAAGAAAUCGACCGUGAGACUCUCAUCAAAUACAUCGAGACGAAAGAAUUUCUCGCUGUUAUAUUCUACAAAGAGGAGGAUCCGGAGAGUCCGAGAGUGCUUAGACAUAUCGAACUGAUUGAUGACGAAGCUGCGGAAUACGGAAUAAAGAUCGUUAGGAUGAAGGAUCGGCUAAUGGCAAAGAAAUAUGGUUUUCGAAAUCCACCAGGCAUUACUUACUUUCGCAAGAGUAAGAACAUCAAUUAUGAUGGUGAUAUUGAUGACGAGGAGGAAAUUCUUGACUGGUUGACUAAUCCGGAGAAUAUGGAACUCACCGAUCACAUAGAACGUAUCAACAAGAAGAUGUUUCAGAAAGUGCGACAAACGACCGAUUAUCUAGCCGUAUUUUUUUACAGCAACGACUGCAAACAAUGUGGCCGAGUAUUGGCGGAAAUCGAACACAUCGACGACGAAGCCGACAGCGCCGGUAUUAAAUUCGUCAAAAUCGAUGAUAAACAAUUAUCUAAACAAUACGGUGUUUUCGCGUUACCUGCUAUACUGUUCUUCAAGAUGGGGUCGAAGGAACCAGUUAUAUACGCAGGUGAUUUAUACGACGAGGAGCAAAUUUUGCAAUGGUUGAUGACACAAAAGGAUCCAUCGGGUGAAGUAAUCGAGGCUCUGGAAGGCGAAGAUCUUUUAAAUUUGAUACGAGAAUCGGAAUCUUUAGCAGUAUACUUCUGGAACAGAACGCUUUGCGACGUGUGCCAAUCAAAAACGUACCGUAAGCAGAUGCGCCACAAGGAACAUAGGACCGCGGAACAUGCAGAGACGACCGAACACCUCGAUGAUCCCGACGACUGUGCACAAUGCGUGGGGAUACUUGAGGAAUUGGAGAACAUUGACGACGAUUGCGACAGACAUGGCAUUACAUUUGUGAAAACACAAGAUUUCAAGGUUGCUGAAGAUUAUGGAGUGACUGAUUUACCAGUAUUAGUCUAUUUCGAGCAUCAAGUACCGAAUGUGUUCGCAGGUGAUCUCUCUGUGGAAGAAGAGGUGUUACAAUGGCUGAUUACUCAAAGAACAGAAGAUCGAAUCGAACUAAUCACACGAGUGAUGCUAGAAACGUCUGUCGAGGAGACUCAAUAUUUAGCAGUUUACUUCACCAAGCCGAAUUGUCACAUAUGUGACGAGAUUCUGGAGGGUUUGGAAAAAAUCGAUGACGAAUGCGACGUAUUUGGAAUUCAUAUGGUGAAAAUUCAGGAUACACAAUUGGCGAAGCGAUAUUCCAUCAAGACGUUCCCGGCUCUCGUUUAUUUUCGAAAUGGCAAUCCUCUUCUCUUUGAAGGAGAUCUCCAAAACGAAGAAUCCGUCCUUGAAUGGCUAAUCGACGAUGACAAUCGAGAAUUGGCCGAUGAAAUAGAGUCCGUCAACGAUAGAAUGCUAGAGAGGCUCCUCGAUGAAUCUCCUUUUCUAGCCGUUUUCUUUUAUGACGAAGAUUGUCCGGAAUGUGACGAUAUUAUGGAAGCACUAGAGAAAAUCGACGGCGAAGCCGAUCUUUUCGGAAUCGACUUCGUUAAGAUCUCCAGUUCGGAAGCUGCUGAAAAAUAUAGCAUUCUCAACGUUCCGUCCCUCGUGUACUUCCGAAAGAAAACGCCACUCAUAUACGACGGCGAUCUUACACAAGAAGACAAAAUCCUGCAAUGGCUCACUUCUCAAGAUGUGUUUGAGAUUAAGAAUGAGAUCGAGGAAGUUAACAGAAAAAUGCUAGACAAAUUGUUGGACGAGAAUGAGUUUCUUGCAGUCUUCUUUUAUGAACAUGACAGCCCUGAAAGUGAAGAAGUAAACGAAAAAUUGGAAGAAAUCGACGAUGAAACUGAUAAUCUGGAUAUUACAUUCGUCAAGAUGGCAGAUCCUAGAUACGCUAGGAAAUGGGGAGUUACCAGGCUUCCCGCGAUUGUUUAUUUCCGCAAACGCUUCCCAAGUAUCUACAGAGGUGAUUUGCACAAAGGACAGGACGUUCUCGAGUGGUUGCGCAAGAAUAGAUAUCGACAGCCGGAACUGAACAUCUAUAUGUACAUGCUGAUUGCCAUCACCAUUCUCUUCCUCAUGUACACCGGUUUCCUACUGUCGUGUUUCCGCUCGGAGCCGACCGCGCCCGUCGUACAUCCCAAGCAGGCGUGAACGCGCGAAAAUAUGCAAGUGACAAAUAAAGUAAAAGACAGGACUCGUGAACACUCGCGCCUGUGUGUGCCCGGUACUCUCAAUAUUCUCUCUGAUUCCCGAUGCACGAUGUGUGGAUAGGUUCGUCCGGAACGAACGAUCUAACAGCGCUUUACGUAACAAGUAACGAUGACCGCUAAAGCGGAAAUGGAAGCUAAUGAUCUACCUGUGAGCGUGUUUGGACCGCUGUCAAACGUUAAAUAAUAUUGCGUGAAAGAGGGGGAGAGAAUGUGUCUAUUGAAUUUCGUACUCUCUAAAUUCUUUGAAGUGAAAUCUCAUUCUAAAGAGUGAAAAUUAAGUCAAGCUU